CAACAACACUCACUCCCGCCCUUUCGUCACCCCGCCCACCGCCAGCCAGUAAGUCGCCAACAUGUCCGCCCCUCUCCAGCAGUCCAACGCUCAAAACACCGUCCCCGCCCAGACCGCCCAGCCUAGCUUCCUGCAGAAGAAGGGUCUCCUCGGUGCCGCCGCCCGUGGUGGUGUCAAGCCUUCCAACACUGUCUCUCCUUCUGACGUCCUCUCUCCCAUCUCUGCCAAGCUCAACAACUCUAAGCAAAGGCACUUCCAAAAGGGUCGACCCGUGCACCUUGCAAGCCAGCUGAGCCAACUAGCCAGCCAGGCCAGCCCUGCGUCCAAAGAAAACAAGCCCAAGAUUGACGAAAACUUUUAAAUACACCGUCCGGCCUCCGUUCCCGUGCAAUCACCCGGCCUUCUCGGUCUCCUUGUACCUAUACCCCACCCACCACCAACCCCCUUUGUCGGUACCGACCUUCUUUUUGGGUGUCCAUCGUCCAUCCCAACCGUUGUCGAUUGUCAUACUCUUAUCGUCCCCUCGAUUAUAAUAUACCAGCUUUUUCAGGGUCAUCAUGUUGAGACGCAUCGCAUCUUGUCCGCAUACCACGAUAAUGCAUAG